UGCCGAAGCGGUCGUGAUCCUUGUAUUGUUAGCGAACCGGUAUCGCGUGCGUAUAACGAGAUUUUCGGUUCGUCGAUAAUGUUUGCUCGGUCCCGGGAUUUACAUACAGUUAGCCUAAAUUUUCACUCGGACUACUCGCCAGUCCACUAUUCCGUAUAAAUAUAGAUGUGGCGCCGAAUCGAAGAGUUGUGUGAAAGUGUACGUCGGCUCGGUAAGAAGUGUAUGGUUCGCCGAUUGAACUCGGUGACUUGGUUUGUACGACGGGCGUAGCGCGGCUCAGUUAUUGCCGGUAUUUACUAUCGUGUGCAACCGGGAGCAAAAGUCCCAGUGUUCAGUGACAAUGUGGUUUCGUUUAAUAGUUUGCACUGCCGUUCUGGUAGCGGUGACUUGUCGCGUUAAUUGCCAGGAAGAUGAACAAACGACAGUCGCCGACGAUCUAGAUAUCAAUUUGAACAUCACGCUGUCCAAUACGACGGCCGUGGAUGACAAGAAUUUUUGGGAAUGGCUGUAUAACGCCAUUGGCGCGGUAGUGCCGACAACUACAACAACAAUUGCUCCUCCACCGUCAGCGAGCGAUGAAAAAGUCUGCAAGCCGUGCAAAUGCGGUUUAACUAAUACACAGACGCGUAUAGUGGGAGGCAUUGAGACACAAGUUAAUCAAUAUCCCUGGAUGGCGUUGAUGAUGUUUAGAGGACGAUUCUAUUGCGGUGGAUCCGUUAUAAACUCCCGUUAUAUAUUAACAGCCGCUCAUUGCGUUGACAGGUUCGAUCCGAAACUCAUGUCGGUUCAAUUAUUGGAGCACGAUAGAAAUUCCACGAAGGAGACAGAGGUGCAAACGUUUAAAGUCGACAGAGUGAUGAAACACAGCCGUUACUCGACGUUUAACUACGAUAACGACAUCGCGCUGGUCAGAUUGACCAAGCCUAUACGAUUCGAGGGGAAAAUGAGGCCCGUGUGUCUUCCGGAAAGAGCGAAAACAUUUUCUGGGCUGAAGGCUGUAGUAACCGGAUGGGGUGCGCUCUCGGCAUCCGGUGAAAUCUCACAAACUCUGCAGGAAGUUACGGUGCCUAUUCUCACGAAUGCCGAGUGUCGCAAUACUAAGUACCCGGCGCGGAAAAUCACAGACAACAUGCUUUGCGCCGGUUACGAAGAGGGAAAGAAGGAUUCGUGUCAGGGAGACAGCGGUGGUCCUUUACACAUCGUCAACGACGUCACAUACCACGUAGUCGGGGUCGUGUCCUGGGGCGAAGGUUGCGCGAAGCCUGGCUACCCCGGCGUUUACAGCAGAGUGAACCGAUACUUGACGUGGAUCAAACGCAAUACCGAGGAUUCUUGCUACUGUUGAUUCGACGCUAAUCUGUAAAUUGUAGAUUCUUAUGCAUUCGUGGGAAACUUGAGAGCGUUUGACCGCACAG